CAAGUUCUCCAGCUCCGGUCUCCACUUCCCAGAGUAUGUUCUGGCUGAUCCAGUCUCUCCCACUUGUCUUCUGCCUUGGCUCAGGGAAUACAGUUUCACAAAGCAGGUCAACCCCAAUGGUUGUAAAUGGAGUUGUAGGAGAGUCAGUAACUCUUCCCCUAGAUUUUCCAGAAGAAGACAUCAAGGUGGUCGUCUGGCUUCGCAAUACUACAGUUAUCACUAUCCACAUGCCUCCUGGAAGCACAAAGAUCCUGAAUCCCAAUUUCAAAUGUAAAGAGGAACUGAACUUCACCCAGUCCUGUUCCUUACAUUUCUGCAACCUGACGAAGGCAGACUCAGGACCUUACCAGGCCCAGAUAAACUCAAACACCUUUUUCCAUUAUGUUCUAAGAGUCUUUGAACGACUGCACAAUUUACAAGUGUCCCACCAUGUUCACCUGUCUGGGAAUGGACUCUGUGAGAUCAACCUGACUUGCUCUGUGGAGAACCCAAAUGAGGCUGUCUCAUUUGGGUGGCAGGUCUCAGAAACUACCUCUCUAAGUGAACCAAACCUCACUGUCUUCUGGGAUCCCGAGAAUUCCAGUGAUGAGAGCUACAUGUGCAUAGCAGAGAACCCUGUCAGCAAUUUAUCUUGCCCAGUCUCUGCCAAGAGUCUCUGCAAAGAUAUUUUAACUAAAGAAAAUCUAUACUGGAAUGAUCUACUCUGGAUUAUAAUCUGUGGGAUACUUAUAAUCAUCAUUGUGUUGAUACUUGCUUGCAGGAAAAGAACAGGAAGAGCCAGGCUUGGAACAACUGCCUCUUUGGGGAGGGAAAAUGCUCUGGGAAAGACGCAGAGCUGGGGGAGGAGUCCCAGAGUGCUGUUGCUAAUGAUGCCUUUUAUGUUCACAGCAGAGACAUCAGAGGACAUAGAGCUUGCUUCCAUCUCUCCAGGGAGCACUGUGUAUGCGCAGGUCACUCAUCCAUACCGGGAAAUGGAAAUCCUAACACAUAUAAAAAGCAGUGAUUCUGUUACAAUCUAUUCCACAAUUAAUCAUUCCAAACAGAAUAAGCCCACUUCUCCCAGAGCAACUGCACUUUAACACCAUCAAGUUGCAGAUAAGCUUCAAAGAAAUUUAGGAAUGAUGGGUCUCCUGAUACCAUGGAAGACAAAAAAAAAAGAAGAAGAAGAAGAAGAAACUUGGUUUUUUGCCUAAUAACAGAAUCUGAAUCCCAGGCAGGAUCACCACAUCCAGUCUUCAGUCUUGAGCCUGUUUACUAGGCCAAACACUUAAGGAGUAACAUCACCUCCAGGAUAUGAACCAAGUAAUGAUUUCCAGUUGACUCCAGGACAACGC